AGAUCCAAUUUCAAACCCAGGAUAUCAAAGCAUCAAAAUUAAAAUAGAGACAUUAAUAAACGUCGCGAUUACCAGCCACCAUGUCUUCCUCCGAAUUGCAAGAAUCUUUCCUAAACUAUCGCAUUGCCGCCGACUUUCUUUCGAAAAGACUCGCUACAGCAGGGAUUUCAUUACCAUCGGUCGGCAUUAUUUGUGGCUCCGGGCUUUCAGAACUGUCGAAUGCAUUGGAGGGCGAUAUAGUUUCGAUCAAAUACAGUGAAAUUCCAGGGUUUCCGGCCCAUUGUACAGUUGCUGGGCACAAGGGCGAAAUAGUUUUUGGAAAGUUGAGUGGGGUCCCCGCAUGCUGCUUCCGAGGACGAUUCCAUUCAUACGAGGGCCACGAUAUGAAAACGGUUGUCCUUCCUGUGACGGUUAUGAGAUGUCUUUGUGUCAAGUUGGUCAUUGUGACGAAUGCUGCGGGAGGUUUGAACUCAGAAUUGGCAGUUGGCGAUGUCAUCUGCGUCAGCGACCAUCUUGCUAUCCCUCAGUUGGCUGGGAACAAUCCAUUGGUUGGGCCCAAUGAUCAUGAUCUCGGACCAAGAUUUCCACCCACGAGCAACGCAUACAACGAAGAAUUGCGUAAGACUGCGAAAGAAGCGGCUGAGGAACUGGGAAUGAAAUUUUUGAGAACGCAUGGAACUUAUUGCUUUGUAUCAGGACCCAUGUACGAAAGCAAAGUACGUAAAAAACCAUAUCACACGUGUCAUUUCCUUUUGCUUCGAAUGUAUCAGAUGACAAACCAAACAAAGACUAAUGUUGUGUCUUCCUUUCUCUCUCGUUUGCUCUAUUUUGAUUUGGACGCAGGCGGAAUGCCGAUUUCUUCGGACUUUGGGGGGCGGUACGUGAGGAGUAAUCUUCAUCAUUUUACUGUAUUUGUUCUCUGCAUCAUAGGUAUUUGUUCUCUACUUUUUCGUUCUUUUACAAAAAUGCAGACAACUGAUUCGUGUUACUUUUUGUAAAACGCCCUGAUUAUUUUGCUUUUUUAGAUUGCGUUGGAAUGAGUACAAUUCCAGAGGUUGUCACUGCUCAUCACUGUGGCAUCCAAGUCCUCACUCUGUCAUUGGUGACCAACAUGGUUGUAAUGGAGGGAGACGAAGGAGCUCCCGUAGCAAAUCAUGCAGAAGUUCUUGAGGCUGUCGGCAAACGUUCCGUGCAAAUGCAGGAGCUGGUAAAGAAAAUCAUCGAAGUAUUGAAUAGGGAAAAGUUGCACCAAAUAGAGGAGUUGCCAGCUGUAAAUUUAGAACAGGCGGUCAAUCAGUAUAGAAGAAACAAAAGAGCUGUUUCUAGGAUCGGGUUUGAAAAUGUAUUUAUUCCAGCAACUUUGGCAGCAAUCUUCUUUUCUACUAUUGCGUUUAGGAUGGCUCGGGGAUCGGCGUGAAUUCUUUAUCUCGUCCUUUUUGAAAAGUAGAUUGUUAAGCUAAUUUAAAGCCAAAAUU